UGAAUUGAACAGUAGGCACUGGGUGGGAUAUUGGCCAUUGCAUUUGGAAGAAGUGAUUUUGUGAGUGUGUAGAAAGAUUAGGGUUUUGUGUGCGUUUGUAUAGAGUAGAAGAAGAAGAAUUAGGGUUUGUGUAUACGUAGAUACAGAGAGAUAGAGUAGAAGAAAUUUUGAUUGAGGGAAAAAAUGGGUAGUGAAGAGGAUUCGAUCGAGCAAAGCGUUGCGUCCCGUCGCGAGAGACUGCUUGCUCUCAGAGCGGCUCAAGAGUUGUCCAGUGCUCCCGAACCAAAGGACAACGACGAUGCUGAAGAAGAAGAAGAUCAACAACAAGAAAUGAAGUUUCGUAACUACGUUCCUCAUGACAAGAACCUUCAGGAAGGGAAGCUUGCCCCUGCUGUGCUCCCCAAGUUCGAAGACCCUGUCGAUGUGCCUCCACUCGAACCUCAGGCUCAGGAGGAUCCGUUUCUGAAUAUUGCUCCGAAGAAACCUAACUGGGACCUGCGGAGAGAUGUGCAGAAGAAGUUUGAUAAGCUGGAGAAGCGAACUCAGAAGGCUCUCUAUCAGCUCAUGGGUGAAGUUAGGUUGGAUACAUAGAUGACAUGAGACACGGUCACAGGAUGCCAUCUAGUGGAACAAGAGAAGCAAAAACAAUUGACUGAAGGAGAUGAUACAAAUGGCACAGCAGAGUAGAUUGCAAUUUGUUACGGAAACUGAAAGAUAUGGAAGCAAUAUUUUGAGAACUCCUGUUCCAUUUAAGCGUGUUA